CAGGCUCUGCGCCCGGGGCCUUCGCGGCUCCUCCGCUCUUGCCGCCGCCGCCGCUGCCGCGGUUGCUGCGGGUAGGGGAGAGCUGGGGUUGUCGCGGGACGCGGAGAGUCCGUCUCGGCCGCUGUUUUUGCCCGAGGAGACUUCCUUCCUAGGUCGCACCCUGACUCCCGUGGUGUCGAGGAGGAGUCCCUGCGGACACCUCUGCACGCAGUGGAGAUGCCUCUGUUUGCCACGAAUCCCUUCGAUCAGGAUGUCGAGAAAGCAACCAGUGAGAUGAAUACUGCUGAGGAUUGGGGCCUCAUUUUGGAUAUUUGUGAUAAAGUCGGUCAGUCUCGCACUGGACCUAAAGAUUGUCUUCGGUCUAUUAUGAGGAGGGUAAACCAUAAAGAUCCUCAUGUGGCUAUGCAGGCUCUCACCCUUCUAGGAGCAUGUGUAUCAAACUGUGGCAAAAUUUUUCACUUAGAAGUAUGUUCAAGAGAUUUUGCUAGUGAAGUAAGCAACGUAUUAAACAAGGGUCAUCCUAAAGUAUGUGAAAAAUUGAAGGCCCUUAUGGUUGAAUGGACAGAUGAAUUCAAGAAUGAUCCACAGCUCAGUCUGAUAUCAGCAAUGAUUAAGAACCUGAAAGAACAGGGUGUUACGUUUCCUGCUAUUGGCUCUCAGGCUGCAGAACAAGCGAAAGCAAGCCCAGCUCUGGUAGCCAAGGAUCCUGGUACUGCGGCUAACAAAAAAGAAGAGGAAGAUUUAGCGAAAGCCAUUGAAUUGUCUCUGAAGGAACAAAGGCAGCAGUCAACCACCCUUUCCACUUUGUAUCCAAGCACAUCCAACCUCUUAGCUAACCAUCAACAUGAAGGCCGGAAAGUUCGUGCUAUAUAUGACUUUGAAGCUGCUGAAGAUAAUGAACUGACUUUUAAAGCUGGAGAAAUUAUUACAGUUCUUGAUGACAGUGACCCGAACUGGUGGAAAGGGGAAACCCAUCAAGGCAUGGGGCUCUUCCCCUCAAAUUUUGUGACUGCAGAUCUCACUGUUGAGCCUGAAAUGAUUAAAACAGAGAAGAAGACGGUACAAUUUAGUGAUGAAGUUCAGGUAGAAACGAUAGAACCAGAGCCAGAACCAGCCUACAUUGAUGAGGAUAAAAUGGACCAGUUGCUACAGAUGUUGCAAAGUACAGAUCCCAGUGAUGAUCAACCAGAUCUUCCAGAGUUACUUCAUCUUGAAGCAAUGUGUCACCAGAUGGGGCCUCUCAUUGAUGAGAAGCUGGAGGAUAUCGAUAGAAAACAUUCAGAACUCUCAGAACUGAAUGUUAAAGUGAUGGAAGCCCUGUCCUUGUAUACCAAGUUAAUGAAUGAAGACCCCAUGUAUUCCAUGUAUGCAAAAUUACAGAAUCAGCAGUAUUAUAUUCAGUCAUCUGGAGUUUCUGGUUCUCAGGUGUACCCUCCUCAGAGUGGUGCUUACCUGGUCGCAGGGAGUGCCCAGAUGAGCCACCUGCAGAGCUACAGCCUGCCCCCAGAGCAGCUGUCUUCCCUCAGCCAAGGAGCGGUGCCACCAUCUGCAAACCCAGCCCUUCCUACUCAGCAAGCCCAGGCUUCCUACCCCAGCACAAUGGUCAGCUCCGUCCCGGGAAGUACGUAUCCCAGCCAGGCUUCAGUGUACAGUCCUCCCCCUGCCGCCACAGCUGCUCCUGACGUCACCAUCUACCAGAAUGCAGGGACCAGCCUGUCCCAGGUGCCGAACUAUACGUUACCGUCCACACUGCCCCAACCUGGGGGCAGCCAGCAGCCACCUCAGCCACAGCAGCCGUACUCCCAGAAGGCUCUGCUAUAGGACUGGAGUCCCCUUUGUGGCAAAUACCCACCGAUUGCCAAUGGCAAUGUUACGAGAUCCUUUAAUAUCUUAAGAUUGGUUUACCCUCAGCUUAUAGGAAUCGUAUCUUGGUCAACACGUUCCAAUGUUCAAGAAGGGAGAUCCCUCUUCAAUUUGCACUGACUUUUUAGAGGGUCUCCCCUCCCCUCCCCUGUGAGGAAUGAAACUACUUACAACAUAUAAUUCCUUUCAUAAUAUGAAAGGAUCAAUGCAAGAUUAUCUGUCUCAUAAAAUCACCUGGCCUGCAAAGAGUCAAUCUUACCAACACUGUUGUGGCAAACGUUGUGUACAUAGGUUGCUGUGUAACUUCACUACUGGCUAUUUUGAAUCACAAGUGGUGAUCAUGUGAAUAUAUUUAACACUGUUAAAUUAAUUGACAUUGCUAUUUUAUUUUAAUCAUGAACAGCUACCAUGUUUCAUAAUGUUUUGUGUAAAUUGAAGAUAAUUACACUAUCCUUUUAAACUGCAAGAGAACAAAACUGUAGCAUAUGUACAUGAAGGUGUUAUGUUGUCCCUGUUUCAGUUUCCCAUUCAGUUGAACCUUCCUGGGAGUAAUUGGGAGCUGAACGCACAUAUGUUAUAUCAUUCUGUAGCCUCUGCAUACUACUAGCUGUCAUCACACCAGCGUACAGUAGCUAAAUUUUUGGUGCACUUCUAGCAAAUGAUGAUGUUCCCUUUUAAACUUUGACAUUUUGGCAUGAUAUAUCAGAAUACUGUGGGACCAUGAGACAAAAGUCAAGUCGGACUGCAUUCUUUUAUAUCUUAACUUUUAAAGAGAUAAUGUCAAUUUACUUUUUCCUAGUCAAAGAUAGUAAUUAGGUUUCUAAGCUGUAUACUGUGUUUAUUGGUGGCAGUGACACCAAAGAUAGAGGCAAAGGAUAGAAGUUUUUAAACUGGAAAGAGAACAUGAAUUACACUACAAUUUCAGUCUCUUGUAAUUAUUUAGGCUAUGGUGAAACUCAAUUCAUCUGUCUUAUUCCACUGCUAGUCUUUUAAAUAUGUCUUUAACAUAUUGUAUCCUUUAAUUCUUCAUUAAAAUAAGUGUAAGUAGAUGUUUCAAAGUCAUCGAGGUUCCUGGCUUUGCUUAACAGUUUGUAUAUUUAUUCUUGUCUUUGAAACUGGAUUUAUAAGCUGUUUUCUCUCUCUCCUCUCUUUUAAAGUUCCCAAAUGGAAUUAUUUUGGCUUCUUAUUCAGAAGUAGUUUUGAGUGAAUGCUUUUUCUUUUAAUCCAUAUGAAAUAUGUUUUCUACUGAUAUUUUAAUCUCCUUAAAUAUUUAUAAUUCCCCUAGUUGUGCUGUUAUUGAACACUAUUAUUGAAACAACUGAAGAAUUGAGUACCAUAGUAAAUGAAUUGAUUUAUUAACAGGUUUCACACCAUAAAUGAAGAUUUAAUUUGUAUUUUCUGAGGUAGGUUCAAGGUAGGUUCAAAUUUAAAUCACCAUCUUAUAUCUAAUUUGUGCCUUCCUGAGUUUAGAGUACAUUGCCCUCAAACAGUAAUUUUAAAAUUCCAAAUCAAACUUUACAUUAAAAUUUUUAAUAUGUUGGUUUUUGCUAAACAUUGUCAAAAGAUUGUAAUAUUUUUCAUAGCCAUUUGAAUAGUUUAAGUGAUACACUUUGUCUCAAUUCAUACUGUAUUUUUCUCUUUUGAUAAAUUCCCCAAUACCAAUGGCAAAAUGUAUCAUUGUCCCAUUUUAUUUUGAUAGCUUUGUGCUGUAAAAUCAAUGACAUAUUCUCUAGUAUGUGUUUGCCUUGUAAACGUCAAAGAAUGGUGAAAUGAACAAAGGCUACCCUUAUUACAAGGCAUGUGUAAGUUUCUUUGCCUAGUCAUAUUACUAGGCUUUUAUAAAGAUUUAAAUGAUGAAUACUUAAAAAUACUUUAAACUAAUACUAUAUUAUAAGCUUGCAGUUUUCUUUUACUAGGCUUUCCCAGUGGCUCAGCGGUAAAGAAUCUGCCUGCAGAGCAGGAGAUGCUGGCUUGAUCCCUGAGUUGAGAGGAUUCCCUGGAGAAGGAAAUGGCAACUCACUCCAGUUUUCUUGCCUGGGAAAUCCCAUGGAUAGAGGAUCCUGGCGUGUUAUGGUCCAUGGGGUCACAAAAGAGCUGUACAUGACUUAGCAACUAAAAAGCUUUCACUUACUAGGUAUGAAAAUACCAGAUGGAAAAAAUUCCCCUAAAAAGGAAGCACUGGAUUUUCCAUCUUUCAGGUGACACGGCAAGGAUAGAAAUAGGAAAGGACCAAUUAGGAGCACAGUGAUUUUGUUCUGCAACCAGAGUAUGUGCUUCACUUUGUAAAAUUUUUCUUUAACAGGUAGCUGUCCCCUUUUAAAGGGAAUUGAAUUAUUUAUAAAAUAAAUUAGCUAUAAAAUGAAUUUCUGGGAAGCAAAUUUUACUUCUCGGUAAAAUUUUUUUUACUUUUAUAAAGUAAAAGUAAAAAAAUUUUUUUACUUUUAUAAAGUUUUAUAAAGUUUGUGUAUCCAUAAGCCAGUGACAUCUGAAUGGAAAAAUUCUGCCCAGUUACUGUCUAGCAUGAGUAGCCAACACAUCAGUGUCCUAAACCCACCUACUAGUAAUAACACAUGGUGCGUCCUUCCCCUCAUUUCCCCUAACUCUGUGGUCCUGCUUUGCUGUUACUGUCUCUCCUACUCAUGAAGAACCUUUUUCUGUGCCAGAGAUUUUCUUCACUGUAUUAAAAACUUCUGAAAGUUUGUCUCUAUACCUCUUAAUUUUUGUAAUUAAAAUGCUUAGUAGACCCCUAGCAUUCUUUUCUCAUAGUUUUCAUAAAUGACACAUGUAUAAUUUAGCAUGAAACUUAUCUUUAGUCCCAGGCUUCAAGUUUAUAAAAGAUAAAUUAGUGUCCUAUAUGAUAAACUCUGCAACUGCAAAAACCAUACAGUUAUUUUCUAAAUUGAGGUCCAUUGGUAUAAUUGGUCAAAUUUUCAUUUAAGACAUUAAAGUCACUGUUUUCUUUUUCUCAUCUUACCAGUUAGCAAUUAUAGAGUCCUGUUGUAUCAUUAUUUAUUUAUAACAAAACCAUAUCAUUUUCUAAUUUAAAAAGUUUUUCAUUGUCAAUGAAUCUUUGUACCCUUUAGAAUAAAUGUAAAGAAAAAAACUUAACUAUUUCUCAAAGACCUUAUGUUCAGUUAUCUUUUUAUUUUAGAAUCAUGAUUAAGUGUUCUUGUCUGUUACUAAACAGAUUAUUUUCUUUCUUUUUUUAAAGAUUUUUUUUGAUGUGAACCAUUUUUAAAAUCUUGAAUGAGUUUGUUACAAUAUUGUUUCUAUUUUAUAUUUUGUUUUUUUAUGAGCAUGAGGCAUGUGGAAUCUUAGCUCCUUGACCAGGGAUCGAACCUGCACCCCGUGCUUUGGAAGUUGAAGUCUUAACCACUGGACCACCAGGGAAGUCCCUAGAUUAUUUUCUAUGCUAUUUAUGAUUACAGCCCCUGUUUCUAAUCAAAACUGCCUUGAAUUUUAUGCACUUUUUUUUAAUAUGGUCUUCCUUUGAGAUUAUUUUUACCCCCUGAUUUUUCUAGCUUCAGAAAUAUUGUUUCCAUACAGAUUUCCUUAUUGAACAAAGCCUAACUCUUUAUUGGUGAUAACUUGUAUUCAUCACUGUUCUUUGCUGAUUUUCCUACUCCUAGCUUUAUGUUAAUACUUGCCAUUGCCAUUAUUCUCCGUUCCCUGUUUCUUUUCGAGUCAGGGUUUCUGAUAAGGAUUACAUAUUAAGUGUCAGUAAGCUCCUGGAUAAACAUGAAAGAAACUGGUUCUAAUACCUUUUGGUGUUCAUAGACUUAAGAAAGUUAUGUGUAUUUUAGAAAAGAGUAUAUUCAAAUUUUUUUAUCUUAUGCCAUUAGUAACAAAUAUUUUUGAGUUUAUGGCCUCAAAAUAUGUGUAUUUACAAAUGGUACAAGUUCUACGGUAGUGAUACAUGUAGUACAUUAUGAAACCCAAGAAAUCUUACAAGGAUAAGAGGAAAAAUUAUGACUAGAAAUUCUAAUAUUUCUUCGCUUAUCUCUGGUUCGUUAGUCGGUACCCUAGAAUGUAUCUGCCCGAUUUGGAGACCACUGAUUUAGAGGUUACGAUUAGACAGAGUGAAGUACUGUGAUACUAGCUUGGCCCUUUGAAGUCAGCAUCUGAUACUACAAGUGCUGCUUUUCCCAGCCACUCUCUAUGUUGAGAAUUUUCAGAGUUAUAAAAAGAUUGAAGUAAUAUAUUGAAUACCUGAGUACUCUUCACCUUGAUUCAUGAAUCAUUAACAUUUUGUUACAUUUGCUUUAUCUCUUUAUGUUUAUAUAUAUAUGUGUGUGUAUGUGUAUUCAUGCUUGUAUAUAGGUAUGUCUCUAUGUGCAUAUCCACAAAUACUAUAUUGUGUGAAUAGACAAAGUUAGACUUUGCACUAAACUAUAUACCUAAGCAUUUCAUCAUGUAUUUUGUUAAAGAUAAGUACCUCUUCCUUCAUAACCUAAACCUUUAUCACAUCUAAGAAAAUGUAACAGUAGCAAUUUUGUAAUAUAAUUGUUAUCAAACAUCCCUAAUAAUCCCUGUUUUAUAGGUACAGUUUUUUUUUAAAUUCCAGGAAAUAGAUCACAUUUUUUAUGUCCCUUUAUUCUCUAUGAGUCUAGAUUAAUCUUCUUUUUUUUUGCCUUUUUAAAGAUCAAACCUGUUUGUCUUUUAGUGUGUUCCACAUUCUGGAUUUAUCGCUCUUUUUUUUAUGUUAAUUAUUAUUUAUUAUUUGAUGCUCUGUUCUCAUUAUAGUCCUCUUUUUUCUUAACCCUUCAAAAGUUAGUCAGAAUUAUGUGAUUUAUGGUUAAAGGUGGUGAAUCUAAAUUUUUCAAUCUCAUAUCAGAAAAGUGUAUAUAUAAGUGAACAUUUUGAGCCUUCAGAUGUGGUUAUUCUGUAUAAAUAGAGGCUGUGUGCUCAGUCCACUAAUGCUUAGUAGUUUUGUCUCCUUCUUAUCAAAUUGCAAUUAGAGUCAAUGAAGAAAAUCUGAACCCUUAAAAAUAAUUGGCUCCCUUCUAUCCCCAUUCAAACCCACAUCAGCUUUUCUCAAGCUUGUAUGUACCUGAUUCACUCGCAGUGGCUUUUAAGUAUUUUAGAAAUGGCAUCAACAAGUAUAGAACUUUGUUUUAGGGUGUGUACAUUUUGGCAUGUUUGUUUUAAAAGACUCAUUACCUUUUAUUCAUAUCUUCUAUUAGGAUACUGAAAUCACUUUAAGGGAAGGGAAGUACUUCCUUUUUAAAAAAAUCUAGUUUUUACUUGAGAUUGGUUGCCAAAUUGGAAUCAGGCUGAGUAAAAUUUAUACCCAGAGUAAAGUUAGAAACACAUGCAAGUUACAAUAAUAUACACUCUCAGGUUGUUAAUUAGCUGGUUUAAACCCUCAUAUUAUUUCAGUUGGUUAAUGGCUUAAAAAAAAAAAUCCCAGUAUUUGUAAUCCAUUGUUUCUGUGUCAGGCUAUAUGAAAUUUCUUAAGUGCAGGAUAAUUACAUAUCUUACUACUUCAAAAAGAGAUCUAGUAUGUAAACAAUUAAGAAUGUUUUUGAUUAAUUGUGUGUGAUACUAUCUGGAAGGUAUUUUAAGAUGCCAAAUAUGAAACGUCCAUAUGGUAUGAUUAAAAUACUUGUGUACUGGU